GAAGCACAGGAGAGAGAUGAGCUCGUCGGCGGCCAAGAAAGGGGUGUCGAUGAUGGUGGCGACGAGCAUGGCGGCGGUGGAGGCGCUCAAGGACCAGGCGGGGCUGUGCCGCUGGGACUACGCGCUCCGCUCGCUCUACCACCGCGCCGUCGUCACCGGCCGCCGCGCCGUCCCGGCGUCCCUCACCUCCUCCUCCUCCCAACCCGCCAGCGGCAGCGGGGCCGUCGUCGGGAGGGCAGCGCGGCCCAGGCGAUCCGAGGAGGAGAAGCUGCACAAGGCGUACCACAUCGUCUGCUGGGGACCCAACUGAUUAGAACUAAUAGUGGCACAUUUUUGUUCUGCUGUCUAAUCGAUUCCGGCCUCUCUCUCUCUCUCCGUUUCGGUCUCUUCCCCGAGCGGCGCAUCUGUGAAUGGCGUGUAAACCGCGAUAUAUGUUUGCUUCCACGCACAAAGAAAGAAAGGGAGAUAUAUAAACGGAAGAGAUCCUAAUUCAGCUGCCC